ACCGCUGACAAGAAACCUUAUAUUUUUUACAACACUUGAAGUUGACAUACGAAAUACUUAAACUGCAAGCUCCCUCACAAAAUGGAAAGCCUGAGGGCAAAGAGUCCGCAGAUGUCUGGCGAGUGCCACAUGCUCAACUUUUCGGAGUCCACGUUCACGAACAAAAACGGCGAUUCGGAGAACUUUUCGAAAUUCACACUGGCCAACAUGGCUUCGCUGCCCUCGUCGUUGACCGAACCGACGACCCGCUCUCUUGCGCAGGCGCAGCUGAAUGCCACCUCGCCCAUGGGCAAGUACACGGAGCGCAUGGUGGAGGAGAUUCUGAACGAGAUUUUCAUGGAGCGACGCGGCGACUUCCCGGAGACGUCCUCCUCCUGCCACCUGGCCGAGAUGCCGUGGCCCCGCGAGGAGCAGGAGCAGCACGUGGACAAGCGCCUGCGCUACUGGAAGGAUGUGCUGCAGCAGCGCAAGAAAAUGCAGCAGCGCGUCCAGCGGGAAACGGGCAAGCUGGCCAGCGAGGUGCUCUUCAACCGACGCUCCACCCUGGAUAAUCGCGACGGGCAGACGGUGAAGCGGAUCUUGGACUACGCGGAUCGCAUGCAGUGUGACCGAUUGAUAAACGUUCCAGUUUCCAAACUGGGUGACCUUCAGGAUCCCUGCACCUGCCAGGUGAUUCCCGGACUGGAGGCCACGUGCCCUCAGGCGGAGAAGGUGGGCUACAAGGAUGUGGAGAUCAUUGGUCUGCCUGAGGUCAGCAAAAGGGAGCUGUUGGGCCGGGAGGCCUUGGAGCAGAAGCCUCCAACGGGUUGGCUGCAAUCGCAGUUCCUGGACGAACGACUGGAGCAGCGUUUCCCAGCCAUCCAGCAAGUGGUGGAGUUCUUUCCUGAUCUCAACGCUCUGCAGAUAAAGGGCAAGGCCAUCAGUAAGCUCAAACCACCUCCAAGUACCGUCCUCGUGGAGGUGGACUCGCUGCACACGGUGACCAACAGCGACAGUCCGCUUAUUUGCUCCGAGGAGGGCAUCUGUGAGUCCUGUGGAGCCACAGAGGAGGAAUCAACGGAGGCUCCACCUCCACCCGUCGUGCCAGAACUGGGAUUACGGGUCAACGGGGUGGACUACGUGCCGGGUGAGAACAAAGAUUGCUACGAGAUUCUCACCCGAUUCACAUGCGAUCCAUUCCGGCGACGCCUUAAGCACGUCCUGCAGCUGACCAACAUUGGCCAGCAGACGCUGUCCUUCACCUGGAAACAGAGCACCUACUACUACAACCGCGGAUCCCUGCUGCUGGCCAGGGACAAUGAGUUCUACUUCGAUUUGGGAGGGUUCAGGCUGGCUCAUGGUGAAACUCGAAAUAUAGCCGUGCUCUACCAGCCACGGAAGGUGGCCAUGACCAUGGAGCUGUGGCUGCUGCAGGUGGAACCGCGCAUCUUCUGUGGCCGCCAGGAAUCCCUACUGCUUCGCCUGCACGGACGUUGCUCUCCGCCGGCGGACUACAUGGCCAAGUUGCUGGAGUGCCAAUGCGCCUGCAUCUGCAAGUCGGAUGCGGUGGCCAUUGGGAAGCUCACCACUCAUCUGGGUGCACUGGCUCCUCUGGUGGUGCCUCCGCCCGCCUGCUGUCCCUACGAUCGACCGCUGGACGAUCGAGAGGCGUUUAACGCCCUGAAUCCGGGAUAUAACUGUGCCCGUUUCGAUGACCUGGAGGUGCUCCGUGCUUUCCAUCAGCGUCUGAAGAAGCCGCGGGAGCCACUGUGGGAUCUACGUCUCUCCACCAUCAAGGAUUACAUUCUGAGGAUAGAGGGUUUGGUGGAGCGGGAACAAAUCUUUGCUGAAUUCACCAAUCUCCUCGCUCCUCUGCUGGGCGGAGAAUCCUCCCUGAAUACCACCUCCUCUAAGCAGGAUGAUCAGAAGCAACGAUCGCGGUUUAUCUAUGUGCGUGGAGUGAUCUGCAAUGGAAUUGCCGAAUGGGAGGACCUAAUGUUCAACGUUCAGGAUUCAUUUUUUAAGCCGGAGUUGCAGAGGUUCUACCUAAAUUUGCUCGGGGAAUCGGAAGAGGGGGAGGUUGAAGAACAAGACGGGGAGGAACCUCAACCGAGUCCCAUGAAGCCCAUUGACAAGGAGAAACUUGCGGAAAUAAUCGGAGAAACGGAGUUGGACGAGGAAAAGAUCCGGGCGGCGGUGAUGCGCACUCUGUAUCGUUCCAAAUACUUCCGGGACUCGCUCUACAUUCAAACUUACUCACAUCUGUGCAACAUGGCCGAGGACAUUGUGUCCGUCAUCGAGAGCACAGAGGUGGUGCCGUGAUUAGUUAAGAAAUGUUUGUUGAGAACUAUAAAACUUACGUUUGAGAUAA